CCUGGUGGUGUUGUCAAGCGCGGGGCAUGGCGGCAGCCGGUGCUGCGGCCAGGGCGGGGGAUGAGGCGGCCGGAGCGGGCUUGGUAAUCAACUGCUCAGGUCAAGGAUUGCAAAAACUGGGUCCAACCUUGCCCUGUGAUUCGGAUACUCAGACUCUGAUUCUGGACAAAAAUCAGUUAAUUAAAUUGGAACACUUGGAGAAAUGCAGGAAUCUGAUGCAGCUCUCUGUAGCCAACAACCGUUUGGUGCGAAUGAUGGGUGUAGCAAAACUGACCAAGCUCCGAGUGCUCAAUUUGCCUCAUAAUAGUAUUGGGUACGUGGAAGGGCUGAAGGAUUUGGUGCACUUGGAAUGGCUGAAUUUGGCAGGGAAUAACCUUAAGAUCAUCGAACAGAUCAAUUCCUGUCUGUCUCUUCAGCAUCUCGAUCUGUCAGACAAUAACAUAGCUCAGUUAGGCGAUCUCUCCAAGCUUACCUCACUGAAGACUCUGUUGCUACAUGGAAAUAUUAUAACUUCACUUCGCACUGCCCCUGUUUGCCUACCUCAGAGUUUGACUGUUUUAUCUUUGGCAGAAAAUGAAAUCGGAGACUUAAAUGAGGUUUAUUUCCUGGCCCCUUUUUGCCAGUUGGAACAGCUGUCAAUUAUGAACAAUCCUUGUGUGAUGGCCACACCUUCUGUCCCUGGCUUUGACUACAGGCCUUAUAUUGUCAGCUGGUGUCUGAACCUUAAAGUUCUUGAUGGAUAUGUGAUUUCUCAGAAGGAAAGUUUGAAAGCAGAAUGGCUCUACAGUCAAGGGAAAGGAAGGUCCUAUCGACCUGGGCAGCAUGUUCAGCUAGUUCAGUACUUGGCUACUGUUUGUCCUCUUGUAUCUGCAUGUGGACUCCAGACUGAAGAGGAUGCCAAACUGGAAAAAAUACUGAGUAAGCAAAGACUCCACCAGAGGCAGUUGAUGCAUGAAAACCAAAAUGAGGAACCACCUGCAUCUGCUCCCAGCAAAACAGUGCCAGUUGCUCAUGAGCACAGUGGCCUGGCCCAGCCAUCACAGAUGGUUCUUGAAAAGGAACCUGUCAUCCAGAGGAAUUCUUGGGUUGGACCAAGUGCAAACAAUGAUCAUUCCUAUGCAGUAAAGAACACCUUUCAUGAAAGAAGCUUUCCCAAAGAGCCACACCUUGAAGAUGUACAGACAGAUGAAGACAAACUAAACAGCAGCCUUUUAUCCUCAGAGUCUACUUUCAUGCCAGUUGCUUCAGGAUUAUCUCCAGUGUCUCCUGCUUCAGACCUGAAGCUACAUGGAAUCAAUUUGGGCCUAGAAAAUGAUAACAAUAUAGUGAUUGAAUGUGUGAGAGAUGUUAAUAGUAGGGUAACAACUAACAACCAAGAAGCUUUGUCUGUUACAGGAGAACACCCUAAUAGAGCAGCAGGAAGUAUGGAAACACAAGAGAAUAUCAAAGAGAUUCUGCAGGUGCCUGCUCCUGAUCCAGUAACAGCUGGCCUGGCUGCAAAGACUGGCAGCUCUUUAGGGGCCUCUGAAGGCCAAGUUUUGCACAGUCAUCCCAGCAUCUUGUUGGGGGCUGAUUCGGGAGUAAAAAGUCUUUGUCCCAACCAGAUGGCAGAAGAAAGGUCUGCUCCACUGGCUGUGCAAGGUGCAGCACCAGCUGAUCAAGGAGCAUCUGGACUGCAAAGGAUGACUGAAGCAGCUACCAAGCUUCAAGCUUCCUGGAGAGGAUUUUACACGAGGAACCACCAUCCUCGAGCCAAGGAAGUGCGGAAUGAAAUUCGACUAAACAGAAUGCAGGAGCACAUCAUUUACUUAACAGCUGAAGUAGAAAAACUAAGAAAAGAAAGAGAGGAAGAUAAAAUGCAAAGACUUGUACAGGAAGAAGCUGUCAAAUUUCUUUGGAACCAGGUGAAAUCCCUUCAACAGUGGCAGCUUUCAGUGAUGCAGAAUUUAGGUGGUGCUGGGAUCCCUUCAGCCAGUACUUUAUGCUCAUCCAAACCACCUAUUCAGUCAUCCACAGUGGAGCAAGAAACCCCACCAGCCGUUAGUUCUGCUUUGUUAGUUCCAGCUAGUGAGGAUGAUAUUCAGGAAAAGUCAUUGUUGCAGUUCCCAGAUUCUGGCUUUCAUUCUUCUGCGGCCAAUCAGACUCAUGCUAGUGACCUAUGUAGCUCUGAAAAGAGCUUAGCUGAAGAAAAUGAGAAACCAUCAAAUGGAAGUUUUUCAAUGGAAACCAUCAAACCAUGUAACAAUUGUGUUUUAGCAUGUUCUUCCAAUGUAGAGGAUAGCCCUGGGGAGUGUGGGCAAAGUAGAGAGAGCUCUAGUAAUGAGCAGGACAAUGGACUGAUACAACAGUAUUUAAAAUCUGUUCAGCAGCUGGAAGAGGCUGAUGAAGACACAGAUUGCCAUGAGGAAAUGGAGGGCAGCUGUCUACAAAUUGCUGUGUCUGCAGAAAGCCAAGAUUCUUCCUCUGACACUGUCUCUGUAGAGCUCCCUCAAGACACAUCUUCCCCUGUCAGAGGUGAAAUCUGUCAGACACCACCAGAAAGCUACAAACUGAAUUCAGAAAUAGUAGAAGGGAAACAAAUGGACCAUGAUUCUUCAUUUCAGAUGCUGCAUGUUGGGAUAGCUGUAUAAUAGGAACAUUUCCACAAAGGACUAGGGAUUCCAUUUCAGUUUCUCUUACUUUUUCCUGUUUAUACAGAACUUUUAUUUUUUAAUGUGUGCUGUUUCAAAUUUUGACUCAUGUUAUGAAUUUAUGUUGUAAUUGCUGUUUUAUUGAUGUUGCUGAGGAUUGACACUAACUAUGCUAACCUGAAAUCAGCAAAGUUCUCAGUGACAAUCAUUAUGCACUUUAUUUUCAAACAUAAAACUGGU